AUGAAACUUUCUUCUGUGACACCCAUUGUCCAUAAAUCAAGUUUUCAGGAUGACAGCCAUGAAAAUAUCUUGGACAUUAUAAAGCUUUACAACGAUCGUCAAGACGCCACCACUACAACAAUAAUCAAAGAACCUAUAACAAAUAAACAACUGCAUUUGUUAAAUUAUCGAUCAUCCAAUUUUUAUGUCAUUGUGACGGCAGCCUUGGGUAUCAUUAGUAAUAUUUAUAUGAAUGUGACAAUAUCAUUUAUUGUACCGUACUUGAUUGAAUCUAAAGGCAUACUUUCUUCUUUUAAUAUCUAUAUCUUGUCUGGAUUUUAUUUCUUGGGUCAUUUAAGCAGCUUAAUCUUAUUUGGAUGGCUAUGUAAUCAUGAAUCAGCAGAACAACGAAAAAUGUCACUGUUAUUUAGUUCACUUGCCUCAAUUGUGAUAGUUGGCGUUUUAAUUAUUGCAUUCAAUGAACAUUGGAUAUUAUUUCCUAUAAAUUUCUUACAAGGAUUAUCGAAUGGGGCUAUUUGGCUUACGUGUUCUAUAUCCAUAGCAGAUCGAUGGUCACUUCAUAAAUUGGGAUCUAUGGUUGGGCUCAUUGGUGGGCUUUACUCAUUAGGUAUGGCACUUGGUUUAACUGUAGGAGCAUUGUAUCAAUAUAUAGGAUUUAAAGCUUCUUUAAUUAGCUCUUUAAUAGUGAGCAGUCUAACCUUCUUUAUGCAGCUUAUGAUCACUGAAAGGCCAUCUGCCACUGAAACACCUGAUUCAGGAUCACUACGACAUAAAGAGGAAACACAUCAUUUUAAAGAGGAUACAGAAAAAGGGGAUUCAUGUUGUAGUCAUAUGUCCUCCAUGUCUACAAUCAAUCUCUGGGACCCUUCUAUGAUCUCGGAAGAAGAAAUGAAUAGCAAAAAUAUGAAAAAGCAACUUUCAAAUUCAGUUAUUUUUAAAUCCUUUAUUUCUAAAGACUUUGCUACAUUGAUGUGUCAAAUGAUCCUCAUAUCUAUUGUUUUAGGAGCAUUGAAGGUAACUUUGUUGGAAAAAUUAACAUAUCAAAUGUAUGUUAUAAAUCCCAUUUACCAGAAUAUCAUUAUGAGCACUUUUCUACUUCCAUUCUCAGUCUCAUGUUUUAUUCAUGGAUGGCUAUGUGAUCGCUUUGGUUCUAAAUUAGUCAGCCUCAUAUCGCUCAUUAUUUCUAUUCCAUCUUUUGUUUGGGUUGGCAUACCAAAUCAAAAUAUUCAAAGCGUUGUAGCCGCUCUGACUGUCUCUGGUAUGACGACAGCGGGUAUCUGGGUUUCAAUCAUCUUUUGUAUUAUUCAAUUUGCACAACAGCCUCAUCCAAUCUCAUUAUUGUUACUGAUAAAGGAGGAGGAGUCUAAUGUUAAACUUACUACCGUGCAUCAAAGGCAAUAUAGGAUCAUUGUUUUAUGUUUUAUCAGUAUGGUUUUUGAAAUUGGAUCCUUUGUAGGCGCCUCAUUUUUAUCAAGAUUAAAUGAAUUAAUUGGAUUCUUUUGGUUGUGUUUUCUGUUUGCUGGACUAUUUUUAUUAUGUAUUCUCUUGAUGAUCUAUCUUUUCAAAAGCAAGGACUCUAUAAAUAAGGAGUUAACAAUGAAUACUACAAGACCUGAAAGUCUUCCAGUAGAGCCAACACAUAUUUCUAAUAAACGGGACGAGUUCAUGCUAUUAACAUCCUCCUUUCAGCCUAUGCAAGAUGUGUCUUCCUCGAAAUUGAAGCCUAUUAUUGUUGUUCCUUAAAAAUAGUUGUAUUCAUUUGAUAAGCUCACCUCUGCAUAAAAAUGAAUAUGUUAGAUAUAAAAAAAAAAGU